GAAGUGUCGGAUCAGGUUCCAGAGUUCCAAAAUGGCUUAAUUCCAAUUGCUCUUUCCAGUGUAAUGCUGUUUGGUGGAAAGACCAGCCUCUUUAGCUUCCUACCCUAUCACCUUAAAUGUCAUCCCCUUGACUACUUCUUUGACUUAUUAAUUUUGAACGUUAUUUAUUGAUCCCUAAGAAGAUGAGUUUAUAAUGGCUGUAUUUCUAUUCACAAUUCAUAUGUGUCUCUAUCCAUGGUAGAUAGGCAGGUGUUCAGAUAUAAAAAUGGUCAGAAGAUCCUGCAACGUCAUAUCCAAGAAAGCCUUUAGAUGCAGAAAUGUUUUGCAGAUACUGAUGUACCCUGUCAGUUUUUAUAUGCAUCUCACAUCAUUUCGAAUUGCCUUGAAGAUGAAUGGGUUUUCCUUUCGUGUUCUGCUUCACAGCGCGAGUGUAUCUCCAUCCACGUGGGGCAGGCAGGUGUCCAGAUUGGCAAUGCCUGCUGGGAGCUGUAUUGCCUGGAACACGGAAUUCAGCCCGAUGGUCAGAUGCCAAGUGACAAAACCAUCGGCGGUGGGGACGACUCGUUCAACACGUUCUUCAGUGAGACCGGGGCUGGCAAGCACGUGCCCAGGGCAGUGUUUGUGGACCUGGAGCCCACCGUGGUUGAUGAAGUGCGCACGGGGACCUACCGGCAGCUCUUCCACCCGGAGCAGCUCAUCACCGGCAAGGAAGAUGCAGCCAAUAACUAUGCCAGAGGCCAUUACACCAUCGGCAAAGAGAUCGUCGACCUGGUGCUGGACCGGAUCCGCAAACUGGCGGAUCUGUGCACAGGCCUGCAGGGCUUCCUCAUCUUCCACAGCUUCGGGGGAGGCACCGGCUCGGGCUUUGCGUCUCUGCUCAUGGAGCGGCUCUCGGUGGACUAUGGCAAGAAGUCCAAGCUGGAGUUUGCCAUUUACCCGGCGCCCCAGGUCUCCACGGCCGUGGUCGAGCCCUACAACUCCAUCCUGACCACCCACACGACCCUGGAGCAUUCCGACUGUGCCUUCAUGGUGGACAAUGAAGCCAUCUAUGACAUCUGUCGGCGCAACCUCGACAUCGAGCGGCCCACGUACACCAACCUCAACCGUCUGAUUGGGCAGAUCGUGUCCUCUAUCACGGCCUCCCUACGAUUCGACGGGGCCCUGAAUGUGGACCUGACGGAAUUCCAGACCAACCUGGUCCCGUACCCCCGCAUCCACUUCCCCCUGGCCACCUACGCCCCGGUCAUCUCGGCUGAGAAGGCCUACCACGAGCAGCUCUCUGUGGCUGAGAUCACCAAUGCCUGCUUUGAGCCGGCCAACCAGAUGGUCAAGUGUGACCCUCGCCACGGCAAGUACAUGGCCUGCUGCAUGCUGUACCGGGGGGACGUGGUCCCCAAAGAUGUCAAUGCGGCCAUUGCCACCAUCAAGACCAAGCGCACCAUCCAGUUUGUGGACUGGUGCCCAACUGGAUUUAAGGUGGGCAUCAACUACCAGCCCCCCACCGUCGUCCCCGGGGGAGACCUGGCCAAGGUGCAGCGCGCCGUGUGCAUGCUGAGCAACACCACGGCCAUCGCCGAGGCCUGGGCUCGCCUCGACCACAAGUUCGACCUCAUGUAUGCCAAGCGCGCCUUUGUGCACUGGUACGUGGGGGAAGGCAUGGAGGAAGGCGAGUUCUCGGAGGCCCGGGAGGACCUGGCGGCGCUGGAGAAGGAUUAUGAAGAGGUGGGCGUGGACUCCGUGGAAGCAGAGGCCGAGGAAGGGGAAGAAUACUAGAUGGAGUGUGGCUGGCUGGUCCCAUCCCGCUCUCACUACCCCCAAAGCUGCCUCCCAGCACAGCUGGUUUCCAGGUGUUCCUGAUAAAGCUUUUGUGUGAAGCCUGUCUGUUGUGAUGCUUUGCUGGAGCACGCUCGGCUCUCUGCUCCCUGAAGUGUGGGUGGGACCCAGAGGCAGCAGGUCACACGUGGUGAGCUGGGUGGUGUCCGUGCUGCCGUUGUUGGCUGCCGUGGCGUCUGCUCCGACUCGGAGACCCCACGCACAACAGAACAAAAUGGUGUCUGUGCCCUGUGGGCAUCAGGGCUGGGCACACAGCCGUUACACACUUCUCAGAAGCUGGGGGAAAUGCUCAUUGUUCCAAAUCUAAGGCAAAAAGAGUCCCUAAAUUUCAGGAAGACCAAGUUAGGUUUUUAAUGGAAUUUGCCAUUUUUCAGGC